AUGCCUCCCCUAUCCCGCUCAAACUCAUGCGUCGAUAUCGACUAUACCCUCAGACGCCAGUUCGGAAAAGAGACCUUCAGGCCUCAGCAACGUGAAAUCAUCGCGACGGCCCUCACCGGCAAAGAUGUCUUCAUCCAGGCUGCCACGUCGUUUGGCAAGAGUCUCUGCUUCCAACUCCCUGCCUGCAUUGACCACGGCAUUACCAUUGUCGUUUCGCCACUGCUCAGUCUCAUGAUGAAUCAGGUUGAAGCCCUGCGAUCGGCGGGCAUCGACGCCAGCUCUCUCAACAGCAACACGCCGCCUGCUGAGAGAGAUCGCAUCAACCAAGAUCUAGCUAGCGGCCAUCCCCGCAUCAGGUUGUUGUACGUAACCCCGGAAUUGUGUUCUGGCGACUCGUUCAGGAGACGCAUCAAGCUGGUCCACGAGCAAUGCGAGUUGGCACGCAUCGCCGUUGACGAGGCCCACUGCAUCUCCGAAUGGGGCCACGACUUCCGCAAAGACUUCAAGCGUCUGUCAUGGUUUCGUGAGACCUUUCCAAAGGUGCCCAUCAUGUGUUUGACAGCUACGGCGAACCCAGUGGUUCGUGAGGACCUGCUCAAGACCCUUGGUCUUUUGGAGCAGCCUGAAAGGCUUGAAAGCUUCGUCAUGUCCGCAUACCGUCCGAAUCUGCACAUUGAAAUCAGAUACACAAAGGAUCAAGACGACAACCGCCUCUCUGACUUUCUCGCGUGGAUACGUAGCGUGUACAAGAGAAGGAAAGAAGAGCCGCGUAAGUCGGAGCUUGAAGCCGAUGGCGAGCGCAUAGACAACGUCUCGGGUAUCAUUUACACCAUAUCGCGAGAUGAGUGCGAAUCACUGGCGGCAGCACUGAGAGAUGAAGGCGUAGGGGCAAGGCCCUUCCACGCGAAACUGACAAAAGAGACUAAAGAACAAACCCUAUCCCGCUGGGUGAAGAAUGAGCCUGGCUAUGAUAUCAUCGUGGCUACUACAGCUUUCGGGAUGGGUAUCGACAAGAAUGACGUCCGCUUCGUCGUUCACUGGCGGCUCCCCAAGUCUUUUGAAGGAUACUACCAAGAGGCAGGCCGCGCGGGGCGCGACGGCAACGCCAGCUUCUGCUUUCUAUACUACAGUCGAGAAGAUUUGCAGCGAGUGCAGAGUAUGAUUAGGAAAGGCAACCGCGACGGAUCGAACUGGGAGGCUCAGGCAAAGAGCUUACAGAGGCUCGCUCUGUACUGCGAGGAUACGACAGCCUGUCGCCAUGCGCAGAUCUGCAAGUAUUUUGGAGAGAGCGAGAUGCCCAAGUGCGACUAUGCGUGUGAUUGGCACAAGGAUGCGUCGGGUCUGCAGAGGCGUUUGAUGCGCGGCUUAGCCGACGAGGAGUGGGUUAGCACCCAGGCUCAGUACGGUCAGUAUGAAGGUUAUUAUGACGACUAG